UUAACCCAGCGUGGGUUAACCCAGGUCCAGUCGAAUACGUUAUAAAAUAAGUUAUAAUCAACAAAGAGAGAGAAAGAAAAACAGAGCCUAUGACAUCAGCAGAACAUUUCAUUAGUCUUAUAACAGUAACAAGUGCAAAGAAAUUAGCUACUGCACUUGUUGUCUGUUUUAUUAUUUAUCAUGGAGUCAUAUAUCUCAUUUAUGGUAGUGAUUCUUGCAAAUGGUUAUUAACAGAAGGUAGAUAUAAAGGAGAUAAAGAAUGGCAACCUUAUGGAUGUAUGAUGCACCAUUAUACACAAACAGACAGCAGAAGAUGUAUGCGGUAUCUAGCUUUCAUGGGUCACCGUAAUCAUUUUGUAUUCAUUGGUGAUGCUAGAGUAAGACAAUUGUAUAAGUCCUUUGUCUCACAAUUUAUUGUUGAUGGCAAAGCAUCAGAUCUUAUAGAAUUACCUGAGAACUCAGAUUUGGGCUUUAAUGAUGGACAACUUAAGUUAAAUGUACAAUUCUUAUGGAGACCACAACUUGAUAAUUCUAUGAUAAUGGAUCUUAGAGGCUGGAUGAAUACAGAUGCACCAAGUAUAAUUGUUGCUGGUUCUGCUGCAGCUGUGAUUCUGAUGAACAAUAACAGUGAUACGCAACUUUAUUCAGAAUACAGCACUGGUUUGAUCCGGUUAGUACAGCCAGUAGAUUUCUUGGCUAAGAAGGGAUCACAAUUUCUGUGGAUGUUACAAGAUCCUGUGCUCAAAGAAAGACUGCCUUCACAAUUAUCAAGUUUGGAUAACAAACAAAUCAAUUCGUGUAACAAAGCAGCAGAGAAGAUACUGUCCCAUAGUGAGGCUUAUAUAUGGCAAAGCAGUAAACUAGUAGGUACAGGUGUCCUUGAACAAAGUCCAGAUGGCUAUUUAGCAAGUCCAUUAUCACUUCGUCAUAAAAUACAGAUAUUAUUAAACACAUAUUGCAAUGACCAUAUGAAUUUUGAUGAUGGCAGUUGUUGCAGCUAUCCUGAACCAGCAACCACUUUGCAACUACUAAGUCUGUCUGCACUUGCAUUAUGUAUAACAAUAGGAGGAGCAGUGGGAUUAUACAGAAAAUUUUGCAAAUAUCGUUCGGAAAUGUUCUAUUCUCAUGUUAGUAUGGAAGAAACAGAAGAUGCAGAGGAAGAAGGUGCUUCAGAAGUCACUCAAGUUAAACAGUCUGAAAUGCAAGAUUUGUAUACUCUCAUCAUGUCAUUGGCUCUUUUCUCGAUUAUACUAGCAUAUUUUUACUUAUGUGACAGAACAAAUUUUUUCAUGAAGGAAAAUAAAUAUUAUAGCGAAUUCAGCUUUUGGUUACCACUUGGGUAUAUCUUGGCCCUUGGAUUAUUUUUCACCGAAGAUCGUGAAAGAGGACCAAGUGCAUUAAAUAGAGAACAAACAGAUGAAUGGAGAGGUUUGAUGCAAGCGGUUGUACUCAUAUAUCAUGUUACUGGUGCCAAAAACGUUUUACCCAUUUACAUGUACUUAAGAUUAAUUAACUCAGCUUACUUAUUUUUGUCUGGAUACGGGCACUUUUGUUAUUUUUGGCAAACUGGUGAUGUAUCUCUUGUCAGAUUUGCUAGAGUCAUGUUCAGACUAAAUUUAUUGACAGUAUCACUAUGCCUUUGUAUGAAUAGACCAUAUCAAUUCUAUCACUUUGUACCGUUGGUAUCGUUUUGGUUUUUAGUUAUUUACUUUCUGACUUGGUUGCCACCCAGAAUAUAUUCAGGAAGUUUGGCAGAAUAUGGUCCGAGAGUCUUGCUGUACUUUGCUCUGAAGCUUUUGGGACUUGUGUCGAUAAUCACCAUAUUAUACAUGUCAGAGGUGUUCUUUGAGAAAGUUUUCGUCACGAGGCCAUGGAAGGCAUUAUUCGUGACGACCGAUGACGAUAUUCGCGAAUGGUGGUCUCGCUGGAGAGUCGAUAGAUACAGCGUGGCUUGGGGCUUGACUUUCGGAGCUGGUCUUGUAGCUCUUCAAAGAAUAGAUCACAUUCCGGGUACAGCUUUAUCUUCUUUAUUGGCAUUAGUUUCCUUGAUAGCAUAUACUACUUUCACGAUUUUGUGCCAUUCCGUCGCAGAGUGUGAAGAAAUCCACUCUUACGUCGCUUUUAUUCCGAUUAUAGGAUAUAUCGCUCUACGAAACGCAUCGUUGGCAUUACGUGGAAAACAUUCCGCACUUUUAGCUGGAUUAGGUAGAAUAAGUUUGGAAACUUUAGUUGCACAGGGUCACAUAUGGCUGGCGGCAGAUUCGCACGGAGUGCUCGUAUUGUUACCGAGAUUUCCAGUAUUAAAUUUAUUGAUUACAUCGUUUAUUUUCAUCUGCGCUAGUCAUGAAAUUCAUAGAUUGACGCAUGUACUAGCACCAUAUGCAGUACCAAAUGAUUGGAAAUUGGUAGCUCGUAAUUUAUUAUUAUUUAUCACUAUAUUAGUACCUAUCGGCAUUCAUGAUGGAAUGUUUUAACAAAUAAAAUUAUCUUUAUAAAAAUAAGAAAUAUUAGCAGUAUUAACAUGCAGAAAACAAG